CGGACACGCAGCGGAGACGGCGUCCUGCUGGAGGACGACGCCCGAGUGUCCACGCCUGGCACGGGAGACACGUGAGAGGCAGCGGUGGCGAGUGGGCGGGCGGCCGCCGCUGCGCCUGACGGAAGGAAUGAGCUAGAAUGCGGGGUGGGGGCCCCAAAACCGGAGCAGCCCGGUCACUGGACGGAUCCCCGUCCUGCGCUCCCCACUCCCGUCCUUCCAGCCCGUGAAGCGGAACCCCAUCCCGUCCGCCCUGCCGGGCCCCCCGAAGCCACCGGGAGCCCCCCCAGGUCAGCAGCAGGCGCCUCUGCUUCUCAGGAAGGACCCGUCCCUUCCCCACCUGGGGACCCGGUCACGGCUGUCACAGUCAGCGGAGACGCAGUGCUUGUCACUCUCUAAGGAAGUGACCAGGAACGGGGGAGAAAGCCGCCUUGGCCACGGGGAGAAGUGUCUCCUGAUCUCCAGACGGGCGCCCUCAGGGGACAGCGUGCGCCUCCUGUCACGCGGUCCGGGGCGUCUGUCCUGCGUUGGUCCCCGGUUCCUGGUCAGACGCCGCCACCUGCUGGACGGGGCGGCCAGAGUCUCCGCCUCUUGUUUUGUCUGCUUUGCUCUGAAUUCUAAGAAACCAGCUGCAGAAAACCGCAGACGGGUUUGUUUUGAGGAGGGUUCAGUUGGAUCCAUGCAGCUCAGUCACUGUCCGGUGCUGGCGGAAGGUUCCAGAAGCACCGGAGUGUCCCGUGGGCUGUCAUGGCGAUGAAGCCUUUGCCACACCCUAGGCCAUGAGCAAAGCAGUAAAAUGACGGCCCCGACCCUCCCUGGACAGUCCCUCUCGGGGGCUGAGACAGCACAGGGGGCGUCCCCAGGUGACCCCCCUGUCACCCAGGGACGUGAGAGGUCAUGAAGGGCGGGGCUGGGGGGGUUGUCCCCCCUGGACCCCAGCCCCUGCUCUGGGACGGGGGCCCGGAUGGGAUCUCACCCCGCAAGCCCUGGCCCCUGCCGUCUGAAGCCCUGGUGGACACGCGGUGCGUCCAGCCCACCCGCCCUCUCUGCCCAGUGGCCGCUCCUCUGCAAGCUCGGGGACUGCACCGUGCUGACCCGUCCCGCACACGGCCCCGUGGCCAAGACGCCCGAGGUCUGGAAAGGAUAGUGAGGGACAAGGACGAGGAGGUCCCACGGCCGGGGGACACCACGCGAUGGCAGGCGUGCCGGCGGUGACACCGUCUGUGACGGCGGUCUGCACGUGGCGGGGACUCGCAUGUCCCGGUGGCUUUGUGAUGAGCGUGAAAACGGGGUGGCCGCUGGGAGGGGUGCGGGGGGCAGGGGCCGUCUUUCCCCCGCUGGGAGGGGUGCGGGGGGCCCCCGCGGGGCAGGGCUGUCUCUCCCCGGCUAGCGGGCAGGCAGGCUCGGCCGCGGCAGGAGCGGGUGCUCGGCUUUGGCGGCAGCGGCGCGGCCAUUACUCCUGGGUCCUCUGCGAGCUGGCCCUCCGGCUGUCUGCCCCAUGGGGCCGCGGGGGACACGGGCGCAGAGGGCUGACGCAUGCCUACAGGGCGCCUGCACGCGUGUCAGCUGGCUGAGGGCUCCCUGUGCCCCCACGUGGCCCAGGAACCGGCUGGCCCGCUGCCCGGCACCCCGCAAAGCCCGUCCGUCUGGCUCAUGUGGCCCGUCCACGCGGGGGGACACACGCGGGGGGACACGCCUGAUUCGUAGCUUCCCAGCCCUGGCACUGUCCUCCAGCUGGCUCGGCACUUUCUGGAGAAGACACGCUCAGUGUGCCGGCUCUGUCACCCUCCCUCCCUCUCUCUUUGUCCCCUCCGCCCCCAAAAGCCGCUUCUGAGCCACGGGCCUCGCAGAGGGGACCAGUGCGGCCGUCAGCCACCGGCGUGCGGCUGGAGUGCAGUGGACACAGCUUCUGCAGGCCUGGCCGGCUCCGUCCGCGUGUGGGAGGCCACCAUGAUGUCACCAUGUGGGUCAGGGCUGAGGGAGGACGGGCCACCGUGGGGGCUGCGCAGUCAGGUGACACAGUGUCUGCACCUGGGGCCCAGUGCAGUGAGGGGCGCAGCAACCUCGGAGCCCCCAGAUCUGUCUGGGGUCCACGGAGAGGAUGCAAGCUGGACACGGGGCAGGAGCUGGAGUGGGUGUGGCCAGGGUACCCUUGGCGUCCUGCCAGGGCUGGGCCGGGGUCCCUCUGUCUCCCCAGCGACAGAGGGACCAUGGGGUGGACUAUGGUGGGGAUCAGAGACCCCAUCACCAGAGGCCAGAGCCAGACCCAAGCAGAGGCUCCGCUCCGGACGGCCAGGGGAGCGGAACCUGGAGCCACAGCCAUCAGACGGGAAGAUGCCGAGGACGUGACCGCGCCGCGCAGUCACAGUUGAGACGCCAUUUCUCCAGCCCAAGCAUCACCGCCAGGACCCGCCGGGGCCACUGGGACGUGACGAGCACCGCGCCCCCUCCUCUGCGUCCGAGGCCGAGGGCCACGGCCAGUGCUCGGGCCUGCUGGGCCCGCUGUCACCUCAGGGCCGCUCCACUUAUGGUUAGGUGUUGUCCUGUCCUCCGAGACCUCAAGUCGAACACGGGACAAUGUCCAACCAUAAUCGUGACAACCAGUUUUCCACAAAUAAGGAAAGAGAAUCUUCGAACCCGACCGUCACCAACUGCCUCACGGGUUCACGCGAUGCUCCUGCGCCCGGUCGUGCUGUCCCCGGAGAGCCAGGCGUCCACCCCCCGUCACGGCGAGCGGCUGUGGGGCGUGAGGGCGCCUGAGACGGGCAGCUGCCUGGACGUGGCCCGGGGCGGGAGGCUCUGGUGGGACGCACAGUGGGCGCAGCGUCCCCGGCAGAAACCCCGGCACACGUGCGGCCCCAGGUCGGACGUGCCGGUGACGACAUGCGAGCGACAUGCAGCUGAAGGAGAGGGUGGCCCGUGGGGCUGGGAGGCGUCCGUGCUGGUAAAAGGGUACCUGGCUGGAGUGAGGCACAGUGUCCCGCACACACGCCGAGGACUUGGCUGCGUGCGACGGGGUGAGGGUGGCAGCGAGCAGGACGGACCCCAGCUACGAGUCAGCGGGUGCUUCCCACAGCCCACAGGCCGGUGAGCGUGGGGCUGGCCAGCCUCAGCGGGCCGGUCACAGGGGCCGGUCACAGGGGCCGGUCACAGGGGCUGGCCGCAAUAGACUGGUCACAGUAGACCCGUCACAGCAGGCUGGCAUGUGCCUGGCAAUAGACAAGCCCAGGAUCUCCGUGCUUAACUCAGCCAAACUCACGCGUCACCCAGAAAGUGCGCUGUGGGUCUGGGCGGCCACUUCCGGGCCGGGCCUCUGGGGUCCAAGCAGCUUCCACGUGUGGCUCUGUCACCCAGCACGUCACUCCCGUGGUUCCACGGGCCGGAGGCGACGCCUGGUCGCUCUGCCCGCGGCCGGCCCUGCCGGUUCGGCGAGGUGGCGGGCUCUGCCCGUCUGCCCCAGGCCUGGGGUCGUCAGGGUCCCCAACGCCGACGCCGACGGGGCCAGGCGGGGUGUCGAGCACGCCCCUCGCCCUCUCUUCUCAUCGUUGUAAUUUACGGUUUCGGUCUCAGGACGGAUCCGGCUUUCCGCGUAGUUGGCAGUUUAGUCACGGGGCCGGCGUGUGGCCUUCACUUAGCGCUCGCUUGGAAGAAAAGAACUACUUUAUUUAUUUUACUUUUUCUAUGUGUUUAUUUUUAUUUUUUGUCACCCUGUUAAACCUCUGGCCUUCA